AUGGCUUACAACGGCACCUCCAAAGAGACAGCGCCGAACACUUGGCUGCACCUGAACGGCACUGCGGACCAGAUUCUUGACCGCUACUGCGUCAGCGAACUAGUCCGAGGUUGGCCGUUGUAUAUGGAUUACUCGGAAUGGAAGAACUACCGCAACUGUUUCACGGAUGACGCCUGGGUGCUCACCUUGUGCAGCAAAGGUUCCCAGCACAUUGAUAACUUCGUCAAGAACUCCCAAAAAGGCCGCCAGGAUGGGGUCUUCAUGGCACACCGCGAACUCGGCACCCUUGUCGAUCUCAACCCCAGCACCAACCGUGCCGUCGGCAAGAUGAAAGUCACUAUCACUGAGCGCUUCAUCGACCCUCUCACGAAAAUUGAGUACGAUGUCGACUGUGACGCGCGCUUCAUCACGUAUUGCGUGAAGAUCCCGGCCCCUUCGAACGCUGGCGAUCCUAUCCCAGGCACUGGACUAGGCCCGCGCGCGAGUUCAGGUGGAUGGAAGAUCCAGUUUGUGAAGCUUAUCUAUGAGAAGGAUAAGGUUGUCCCUGUGGAUGGGAAGAGUGUGCCUGCGUUUUCAAAGGAGGAGCUGGACAAAUAUCAGUAUGCGCAUCGGUAUUUGGCGGCUGCGCGGGCAAGGAACGGUGAAAAUCCUAGGGAAGACAUGUCGACGUUGAUUGAGACCGAGCAGUUUUGGAACAUCUAUCGUGCUAUUGACGAGUGGCUGAAUGGGCAGGAUGUGUCAGAUGUGAAGAAGACAUUGGGGAUUUGA